AUGGCACCCAAAGGCCUCGCCAUCAUCCUCGGAGCCGGACCGACCACAGGCGCAGGCAUCGCCCGCGUCCUCUCCUCUCGCAGCCAGGGCAACAUGGCCGUGGCCCUCCUCGCUCGCCGCCCAGAGCCCUUGACGGAGCUGGCCACUUCUCUGCGAUCGUCGAACCCGGGAGCCGUGUUGGAGACUUUUCCCACGGAUACUUCUCCUGAGCAGCUUCGAAAGACGUUUGGGGAGAUUCGAAAUCACAAGUCUUUUCAAGGGUUGAAGUUGGAUUUGGCGGUGUUUUCGAUUAAGAAUAGUGCCAAGAAGCCGUUUAUGGAGGAGACGGUGGAGGGGUUUAUGGAGACUUUGGAGGAUUAUGUUGGAGGUGCUGUGGUGUUUUCCCAAGAAGCCCUCAAGCUCAUGUUUGAACACCAUGGGGAAAAGACGUUGGCGGAAGGAGGCGAGAAGAAGGGAACGUUGAUCUUUACUGGAACGCUCGGUGCUCUACGAUGCAACGCCGAAUAUGGCAGCUAUGGCGCAUCUCGUGGUAGUGUGAGACAACUCGCCCAAGCUCUCGCACGAGAGAUGAGCGCUCGAGGCGUGCACGUCGUUCAUACGAUAGCCAAUGGCCGUAUUGCAGACGCUUCUGCCGAUACUCCCGAGGUUCAGAGUGGGAAACAUAUUGCUGCUGAGGCGGUGGGAGAGACUUAUCUGUAUCUUCAUAAUCAACAUCCGACGUUGUGGACUCACGAGCUUGACAUGCGACCAGCACAGGAGAAGUUCUAG